CCAAUCCGCAUUUUGGCUCCAAUCAAGCGCAGCGAUGCACCUCCUGAACCUGACGCUGCAGCCACCCACGGGCGUGCACUUGGCCGUGUAUGGCAACUUCUCGGCCCCGCAGGCACAGGAGUUCGUUGUGGCUCGCGGUGACGUGCUGCAGCUGCUGCGUCCGGAUGAGGCGGGGCGACUGGAGGUCAUCAUUUCGACGCAAGUCUUCGGGGUUGUGCGCGCUCUCCAGCCCUUCCGGCUCACAGGAGGAGACCGAGACUACCUCGUGGUAGGCUCCGACUCAGGAAAGAUCGUGGUACUCGAGGUGAACCCUACUUCCAGCCGAUUCGAGGCCCGACAGAGUGAAACUUACGGUAAAACAGGCUGCAGGCGUAUCACACCGGGCCAGUACUUGGCUGCCGACCCAAAGGGCCGUGCCGUGCUCAUCGGAGCCGUGGAGAAACAGCAACUGGUCUAUGUUAUGAACCGCGACGCGUCCAGUCGUCUCACUAUCUCGUCGCCUUUGGAAGCGCAUCGCUCCAACGCCAUCCACUUGGGCGUUGUGGGGCUGGACGUGGGCUUUGAGAAUCCCAUCUUUGCCUGUUUGGAGCUGGAUUACGCCGAGGCAGACGCUGAUCCCAGUGGCCAAGCAGCUAGAGAAGCUGUGAAGACGCUGGUGUACUACGAACUGGACUUGGGACUCAAUCACGUGACCAGACGCUGGAGUGAACAGGUCGUGAGGAGCGCCAAUAUGCUCGUGGCCGUCCCUGGAGGUGGUGACGGACCUGGAGGAGUGUUGGUAUUGGGGGAGAGCACUGUGCAGUACAAGAACGAGGGCCACCCAGAGUUAACAUGCGCCAUCCCACGACGUGAAGGCGAGCAUAGAGAUAUUAUCAUUGUUUCGGCGGCCACACACAAGCAGAGAGACCUGUUCUUCGUGCUGCUGCAGUCCGAACUGGGAGAUCUGUACAAGAUCUCGCUGGAUUACUCGGGUAAUGCUGUGGAAGAGAUCAAGAUUCAGUUCUUCGACACUGUUCCAGUGGCGUCAUCCAUGUGUAUCACCAAGACAGGGCUGCUCUUCUGCGCGUCCGAGUUCUCGAACCACUAUUUAUUCCAGUUUUUGAGUAUUGGCGAGGGAGAUGAUACAGCCAAGUGCUCGAGUUUGGCCAUGGACCCCACCGAGUUCUCGACGUUCCCGUUGAGAAAGUUGACGAACUUGGCGCUGGCCAGUUCGUCCCCGAGUUUGAGUCCCGUUACGCAGCUGUUGGUGGAUGAUUUGGCCAAUGAACAGACCCCGCAGAUGUACGCGCUAUGUGGUAACAACAACCGCUCGUCGCUGCGUGUGCUGCGCCAUGGUCUUCCGGUCACGGAGAUGGCAGCAAGUGCGUUGCCGGGUGUUGCCAAGGCGGUGUGGUGCUUGAAGGAGUCGUACGCGGACCCGUACGAUAAGUACAUUGUUGUGAGCUUUGAAGAUGCGACGUUGGUGCUAGAAGUGGGCGAGACUGUCGAGGAAGUGGCUCAAUCGGGAUUCCUCCGUGACCAUGGAUCACUGCUGGUGGCGCUACUAGAAGACGAUUCGAAGCUGCAGAUUCACACGAACGGAAUCCGCCAUGUGCCCAAGUUCCGGCCUGUUACGGAGUGGAAAGCACCUGGAAAGAAGGUGAUUGAGCACUGUGCUGCAAACUCUCGUCAGGUUGUCAUCUCGCUUGCUGGCGGUGAGAUUAUUUACUUUGAGCUGGGCCAGUCCGGUGAACUUGCAGAGAAAGGAAAGCUGGAUCUCGGCUUCGAAGUCUGCAGCUUGGACUUGGGAGAAGUUCCUGAAGGACGUCAACGUUUCCAGUUUAUGGCUGUUGGUAGCUGGGAUAACACAGUCCGCAUCUUGUCGCUGGACCCGAACGAGCUGUUCCGACAGAAAUCGACGCUGGCCUUGACGUCACACCCUCACACACUCUGCCUGGCUCAGCUGCAGAACGAACCGUCGACUCCUGACUCGGAGCACUCGUCGCAAGCGCUGUUCUUGAGCAUUGGUCUGGACAAUGGUGUGCUUCAGCAGUCGCUAAUCGACCCGAUCACAGCGACGUUGACGGACUCUCGCUCCCGUUUCCUCGGUACAAACCCAGUUAAAUUGUUCCGUGUGGCAGUUGAAUGCAAGCGCUCGAUCCUGGCGCUUUCCAGUCGUGCAUGGAUUUCGUACUUCCACCAGACACGGAGACACCUCACCCCUUUGUCGUGUGAGCUACUCUCGUAUGCCAGCUCGUUCAAUUCCGAGCAAUGCCCCGGCGGUAUUGUAGCGCUGACGAAUGAAGGCAUGAAGAUCUUGACUGUGGAUCAGCUGGGAGACACUUUCAACCAGCAGAAGUGUAAUCUCCGCUACACUCCUCGCAGAGCGGUUGUGCACUCUCCAUCCCGACGACUCGUUGUUAUUGAAAGUGAUCACAAUGAAUACGGUGCUGCGUUCAAGAGGCAGCAUGGACUCCAGAUCCCGGACAUUCGAAGUGCUAACGAACUAGAGGAUGAAGCGGAGGAUGAGAUUAAUGACGCGUUACUGUUCCCUCGUGGCCCCCUUCCUGCUGAAAAGGACAAGUGGGCGUCUUGUGUGCGGAUCGUUGACCCAGCUUCAUGUCAGACGGUUGUGUGCGAGGAGUUGGAUGUGGAUGAGCGAGCCCGCAGCAUUGCUGCCUGUGUGUUCCACGACCGUGGCGGGGAAGCGUUUAUUAUUGUGGGUACUGUGAAGAAAAUGCAACUACAUCCUCAGAAGGCGCCAGCAGGAGGCUACCUACGUGUUUACCGUGUUGUCGAAGGCAUGCAGCUAGUGCUUGUGCACACGACUGAAAUCGACGAUAUUCCGCACGCCAUGUGCGAGUUCCAGGGACGUCUGCUAGUCUCUGUGGGACGAGCAUUGCGAAUCUACGACCUAGGAAAGAAGAAGAUGCUGCGCAAGUGCGAGAACCGCAACUUCCCAUCGAUUUUGGUGGAGCUGAAGGCUGCUGGCGACCGGAUCUACGCUUCAGACAUGCACGAGUCCUUCCACUUUGUCAAGUACAAGAAGGACGAGAACCAACUGGUCAUCUUCGCUGACGACUGUGUGCCCCGCUUCAUCACUAGCAGCGUCUUGCUGGAUUACGACACGUUGUGUGGCGCUGACAAGUUCGGUAACGUGUUCGUCUCUCGACUCCCGUCUGAGGUCUCCGACGAGAUCGACAAUCCGACAGGCAACCGUAUUUUGUGGGACUCUGGUCUUCUUAAUGGUGCACCCAACAAACUAGAGCAGGUGGCGCAGUUCCACGUGGGCGACGUGGUGACCAGCAUGGCUCGCUCGAGCUUGGUCCCCGGUGGCACUGAGGCGAUCAUCUACGCGACUAUCAUGGGUCGCAUUGGUGCUCUCAUCCCGUUUACCUCGCGUGAGGACGUGGAUUUUUACACCCAUUUGGAGAUGUAUAUGCGCCAGGAACAGUCUCCUCUUUGCGGCCGCGACCACCUGUCGUACAGGUCGUACUACAUCCCCGUGAAGAACAUCACGGACGGUGAUCUGUGCGAGCAGUUCAGCACUCUCAGCGUGGAGAAGCAGGCUAGCGUGGCUGAAGACCUCGACCGGACGCCAGCCGAGGUACUGAAGAAACUUGAGGACAUUCGCAACCGUCUCCUGUAAGGAAGAUGGCGGAUUCUCAGCAUUCCAAACAGGUUAAACGAUAAAAAGAAACAGGACGCAGUAGCAACAAUCAAAACUGGUUCUAGAGCAACACAAUGAUCAAUAAGGUCAACACGUCCGAGGUGCGAUGCCCUCAGGAAGGCGCAUCUUCCGGUCACUACCAUGGGGGAAAAGCAGUGUCUUUGUAUCCUGGUAAAUCUCCUGUAGUGUCACCACCCGUGGUCGAAACGUCUGCCCAUACACACGUCAGUACAUCAUCAUUCUGGUCUUCGAUCUUUGUACUCACCUCGAAUGGCAGCAUCAUUUCACUCUGCCCUUCGACCAUGAAUACCAAUGAGUACACCACGUUGGAGAACGUGAUUGCUUCGUUCACUGCGACGCCGCAAAUCUUAUCUAGAUCCACGAACUAUACACAAAGGGUUAGCGUAAAAUAUGGAUCUACCUGCGUGUCUUCGAUCAUACCUUGCUGCUUACAGCUCCAUUGCGUCGCCUCUUGCUCAGCUUCACUCCGAGUGCAGG